AUGCCCUACCUCUGUGAUAUCAUCACAGGUAAUCACAUCACAGAGUUUUCUUCCCUCUCUCAGGAGCUGAGACACAACACCCAGAGAGCUGGAGGCAGGGAAAGGAAGCAGCUGGCUUGGCUUGUAGGAACCAAGGUCGCUGAUACCACCGGGCACUUUCUGGGCUACUGGAACAUCUUCAAUUGUGACCUGGAGCGGCUGGAGAUCCCAGCUGAGCUGUCUGCUCUGCUGAAGACAGCGGAAGGUUGUCAGCAAGUCAUGGCGGAAAGCAUCACUGAAGCCCUGCCCCCAGAAGUCACAGCACAGGACACGCUGGUUCUCCCUCCUGACAUCGAUAGAUUCCCCUUUUCCAGCUUCAUCCCUGGAAACUUUCAGAAGCCAACCCUGCCCACUCCAGGACAGCCACUGAUGUCACCUCUGACUCACCUGAAUGGGGCAAGCCCUCAGCUUGCCCUGGAUGUCAACAAAGUGAUGUUGCGGCUCCUGGGUGACUUAUCACUACAGUCCUGGCAGGAGCAGACCGUAGGCACAUAUUUGGCCCAAAAAGGGCAGCGCCACCCUGCCCUGAGGAAUGAGAUCUUUUGCCAACUUGUGAGCCAGCUGUGGCAUAACCCGGAUGAACAGCAAUGCCAUCGAGGCUGGGCACUCAUGGCCAUUCUGCUCAGUGCCUUCACCCCAACAUCGACCCUUCAGAAGCCACUGCUCAAGUUUGUAUCUGACCAUGCCCCAAAGGGUAUUGCAGCGGUGUGCCAGCACAAGCUCUUGGGGGCAUUGCAGCAUUCCCAGUCAGCAGUCAACGCUGUCCGUGCCUACCCGCCUACCCAGCUGGAGUGGAUUUCAGGGUGGCGAUGUGGGCGUAUGGCCCUCGAUGUCUUCAACUUCAGUGAAGAGCGCUACUCGGCGGAAGUCAAAUCCUGGACCACAGGGGAAGAGUUUGCUGGGUGGAUCCUACAGAACAGGGGCAUGGAGCAGCCUACCCGGGGCUGGUCAGUGUCUCUGCUCUCUGGAGAUUCCUGGCAGGACUUGGUUGGCUGUGACUUUGUGCUGGAUCUGAUUGGACAGACUGAGGACUUAGGGGACCCCAGUGCCCCUGAAAGCUACCCCAUUGCCCCAUAUAAUGUAACUUACCAAGACAUCCCUCCACCCCCAGGAAUCCAGGCUCCCCCCUUGGCUCCAGGGCCGCCUCCAGGUCCUGCCCCAUCACUGCCUCAAAGGAGCUUUGCAAAGGAACCCCAGAGCCCCAGGAGCUUGGAUGGUUUUCUGGAUAACCUUUUUGAGCCUGUGCUCUCCUCGGGGUCCAGGAAGGAUCUGGAACAAGCCAGGGCACUGCUCAGCCGAAUGAAAGGUGGUGGAGGCAUUGGGACUCCGCAAGGAGGCUACCCCAUGAUGUAUCCAGGGAUGAUGCAGAUGCCAAACUACCAGCCUGCCAUGGGGGCAAUGAUGCCAGCACCAGUACCAUUUAUGCCACAAAUGCCAGUAAUGCCAGCAAUGGGAGCCAUGCCUUCAAUAGGUGGUGUCCCAGCUAUGCCAGCCAUGAUGAUGCCAUCCCAGCCCCAGCCUGUGGUGCCCACGCUCAGUGCCAGAGAGCUGGCUGCACAGCAGCAGAGCUUUAUCAACCAGCAGGCCAUGAUCCUGGCUCAGCAAAUGACCAGCCAGGCCAUGACACUUUCCCUGGAGCAGCAGGCCAAACAGCAACAUCUGGCUCAAGCGUCCACAUCUGCAUCCAAGCCCAUUCCCAAACCCAAGAAGUCCCCAGCUGUUGUCAGCUCACCUGAUCCCAAGGCAGAGCCCCAAAGUAUCCUAGAACCGGUAGUGAUUCCAGACGAGGUUGAGGAGACUCCAAAGCACCUCAACACCUUCCAGCAGAAACGGGAUUAUUUCCAGAAGAUAGGGCAAGAACCUAUUCGGUUGAAGAAGGUGAAGCCACCUGCAAAGGUGCCCAUCCCCCAGGGGAAGAUAGAGCAGGAAGAGGAAGAAGAAGAAGAAGAAGAGGAAGAGGAAAUCAAAGCACCUACUCCUCCUCCUUGUCCCCCUCCCCCAGUGGUCAAGAAACCACUUAAAAAAAAGGAAGGAGGAAACAAAACUCAGAAUAAAGAUGGUGCUGGACCCAAAACAGCAGAUGAAGCUAAAACUGACACUUACCCAGAAGCCAAAAGCCAAAACGAGAUUAAGGAAAGGCGUCAAGCUACUGUGGUACGAAGUUCAAACCCAUCCCCCCAAAAAGGAGAGCCCAGCAGAGAAAUUCGAAACAUCAUCAAGAUGUACCAGAGCCGCCCUUCACCAGUGCCUGAACCAAUACAGCCCACCAGGAAACCUCAAAAAUUCCUAAAGAAGAAUGACCCCAAGGAUGAGGCCUUGGCCAAACUGGGUCUUAGUGGCAACUGUCUGCCUCCUUCGCCAUCACCUCUGAGCCCUAAGGACUCCCCACCACCUGUUGCACCUCGGCCCAAGACCUCCAUCCCCUUUGAAUCUUCUAGUUCCAUCAAGGAGAAGCAGAGACCCAUUAUGGAUUUGUUUGCCCCAGUUCAAUCCGUGACCUCAAUUCCCCAGCCUCCAUCACCCCCACCUCUACCUCUAUCCUCCUCAGAUAAUCCGGACCCACCCAGUUCAGGUGAGGACCCCCCCCCCCAACCCCCAACCCUUCCUAGUCACUCUUACUGGCAUCCCACAAGUGGCCCAGUUCUGUCCAUGGGAGAUGAACAUAUCAGUACCCAGUUGCUUCGUCCCUCAAGCAGCGUUUCCUUUUCCUAUGCCAGUGCCACUUGGAAGCUGUUCCUUCGAAAAGAGGUGUUCUACCCCCGGGAAAACUUCAGCCACCCCUACUGUUUGAGACUUCUUUGUGAACAAAUCCUGCGUGACACCUUCACCGAGUCCUGUAUCCGAAUCUCCCCAGAGGAACGGAGCAAGAUGAAGGAUAUGCUAGCGGACUUGAAGGUGGGCAUGGAUGCCAGUUCCAUCACUGAAGACAGUGUAAAGAAAAGAAUCGUGGUAGCUGCCCGGGACAACUGGGCCAAUUACUUCUCUCGUAUCUUCCGAGUAUCGGGCGAGAAUGGCAGUGAUGUACAAUUUCUGGCUGUUUCCCAUCGGGGCUUUCGCCUGCUCAAAGUUGUAAACAAUGCCACUUUCCGCACAGACCACCUCAAGACUCUCUGCAGCUACAGUUUUGCAGAAGUCCUGGAGGUGGCGGCCCAAGAACAUGGCAUUCUCCAAUUCUCCCUGAGGAAUGAGCAACUAAUAUUGCGCACAACUCAAGCCCAGGUCAUCAAGUCCAUGGUGGAGUUGUUCCUGAAUGAGCUCAAAAAAGACUCAAGCUAUGUUAUUGCCCUUCGGAGCUAUGUCACUGAUGACCCAAGCCUCCUGAGCUUCCGCUAUGGAGACAUCAUUAAGUUGCUGCCCAUGGCCUCCCUCGAGCCAGGGUGGCAAUUUGGCUCCAUUGGGGGUCGAUCUGGGCUCUUUCCUUCUGACAUGGUGAAAGUGGCUGCCGUGCCUGACUACCUCACCCUCCCCAUGGAGCAGAGGGAUAGCUGGCAAAGGAAUCCUCGAAGAAGAGAAUCAGGAUUGUCUCCACAAAACCGGGCCACGGAGUGUGAACAUACUCCCAGCCAGGCACCCAGUGAGUUCUCUGAGGUGACCAGCUCUGUCUUCUUGGAUGUCAACUCCACUUUGGCCGCUGGUACCAACACUUACGCCAUGUGGGAGUAUGCCCUGAACUACUUCCAGGAGGCAAAGAACUCGGAGGGCUGGACAGUGGAGAUGUCAGAAUAUAAUGCCAGAAUCCUGGUGCAACAUACGAAGGUUCCCAUCCAGAAAUCUCUGACCAACUUAAUUGAUGAUGAUAUGAACAAUCUAGCUGUGGAGAACUUCAGGGCUGUGAUGCAAUUUAUGGGCGAUCAGCCCAAGAAGAAAGAUGACUUGGAUAUACCAUUUGAGAUGCUGAAGCUGUGCCGAGAACACAACUUGAGAGAUGAAAUUUACUGCCAGCUCAUCAAACAGGUCACAGAGAACCCCCAACAGGAACAAUGCAUUCGAGGAUGGUACCUCCUCCACCUCCUCACUGGUUACUUCCUCCCCUCACCCACCCUCAUGCCCUAUGUCACCAAGUACAUGCAGGAUGCUGCCCCCAGCCAAGAGCUGGCCCAGAAAUGCCAGGAUCAUUUACAACGCACUGUCAAAUACAGAGGUCGCAAGCACCUGCCCAGCAUUGGCGAGAUGCAAGCUUUCCUGAAGGGGAAGACAACUCGAGCACUUUUGCUCCACUUACCUGGGGGUCUGGAAUAUAAGACAAUCAUCCAGACCUUUACGGUGGCAGCAGACGUGCUGGCGGAGAUGUGUGGCCAGAUGGGCAUUGAAGAAGCCCUAGAGGUGCAAGAGUUUGCCAUCUUCCUCAUCAAGGAAAAAGGUACACUAGUGAGGCCUCUGCACCCCAACGAGUACCUCAACAACGUGGUGCGGGAAACUGACGUGGAGCUGCACAGCCGCCGGCUCACCUGGGAUACCCCACUGCAUUAUGACAAUGAAAUCUACAUCACCACACACUACAACCAGGUACAUCGGGACUACUUGCAGGGAAAGCUGUUGGUUAGCACCCAGGUCCAAGCUGAAGCCCCGCUAGCUCUCCUGGUGGCCCUGCAGCAUCUAGGCAGAGAGAUCAGCAAACUGCCCACUGGGCAGGAUCUGCUGAAAUAUGUCCCAUGGACACUACAGCCGCAGGUGAAUUUGAAGAUCUUAGAGAAUCUGGUGGAGAGCCAGCUGAGGGCCUUGAAGAGCUACAACCGCAGAGAAGCACACAUCAGCUUCAUUGAGGCUGUGAGACGCCUUCCUCUCUUUGGUUAUACCAUGUACGCUGUGCUGCGGAUGAGUGAGCCAACCAUCGCCACCCCCUGCUUACUGGGCCUCAACCGCCAACACCUCAUCUUGGUGGAUCCUAGUUCUCACGAGCAGUGCUAUUCCAUCAAUCUAAAGGACAUACAGCAAUUACGUCAGCUCAGCGCCCUGGACGAUAACCCAGGGCUGGAGCUCAACUAUGGGUCUUUCACCAGCCCCAAGACCAUCUGGUUUGAGCUGCCACAGGCCCAGGAGUUACGGCACACCCUUGUCUUCUUAAUGGAGUCCAGUACCUCUACCUAG